CUUUGAUCACGCAGCCCACACUGGUUGGACCGGACCGGUGUCGGCGCUGAAGCUGACAGGGGGCCGGUGCGAGCCCCCCGCCUUGUGCAAACACAUCCUCUAUUCUGCGGUAAAGAUGGCGGCGUCAGAGGGGGCGCGCAGUGGCUCGACAACGGUAAAAAGGUUUUGAUUCGGUCCCCUUUGACUGAGUAAACCCGUCGGGUAGCUUUCAUUACUCCUCGUAAUUCAUCUGGACCACCCGGAUAGAGAAAAUCGCUGUCACACGCCGGGGUUGUGGUUUUAUUGUUAGAGGCAAGCUGGGUGGGUUUCACUGGUAGCUGCUAUCGUUAGCCGAGCCAGCUAACACGGGCUAGUUCACGUUCGAGCAGAACACCGGAGAUAGGAUUCGGGCUAGGCCGCUGCAGUUCGGGGGAAUGUGAGCCGUAGGGACACAGUGGGGGGAGGUUUGCUUGCUUGGUCCCAAACGUCCUCACGCAUAAGUACCGGGAUGGGACAGCAGGUUGGCCGCGUCGGUGAGGUUACAUCGACCGGACUCCAGCCGCCACAGCCCCACGCUUCCCAGCCACACCAAGGGAAGGGGAGCCGGGGGAGCGUCACCGGGAGGAGACCACGGGAACCCGGCUGCAGCACCGGGAUACCACCGGGCAGGACAGCCGUGGCCAACGUGCCCGAUCCUGGGAUAAAUAUAUUCACGCAGCAUUCAGAAGCUCUGACCGAGGCUGUGCGAUGGAGCUCUAAGGAGAACCUGCUGGGUGCCACUGAGAGCGACCCCAACCUCUUCGUUGCACUUUAUGACUUUGUCGCAAGUGGGGACAACACACUCAGCAUCACCAAAGGUGAGAAGCUGCGUGUGCUGGGCUACAACCAGAAUGGAGAGUGGAGUGAAGUAAGGUCGAAGAACGGCCAGGGCUGGGUGCCCUCCAACUACAUCACGCCGGUCAACAGUCUGGAGAAGCACAGCUGGUACCAUGGACCCGUGUCCCGCAGCGCUGCAGAGUACCUGCUGUCCUCCCUAAUCAAUGGCAGUUUUCUGGUCCGGGAAAGCGAAAGCAGCCCUGGUCAGCUGUCCAUCUCUUUGCGAUACGAGGGGAGAGUGUACCACUACCGGAUCAACACGGCCACUGACGGAAAGGUGUACGUCACAUCUGAGAGCCGUUUCGCCACCCUGGCUGAGCUGGUCCACCACCACUCCACCGUACCCGAUGGCCUGGUCACCACGCUGCACUACCCCGCGCCCAAAUGUAACAAGCCCACCGUGUAUGGCGUUUCACCUAUUCAUGAUAAAUGGGAGAUGGAACGCACAGACAUCACCAUGAAGCACAAGCUGGGAGGAGGCCAGUACGGGGAGGUUUAUGUUGGAGUGUGGAAGAAGUACAACCUCACUGUGGCUGUCAAAACGCUCAAGGAGGACACUAUGGAAGUUGAGGAGUUUCUGAAAGAAGCAGCUGUUAUGAAAGAGGUUAAACACCCAAACCUCGUUCAGCUGCUUGGUGUGUGCACUUUGGAGCCUCCCUUCUACAUUGUGACAGAGUACAUGCCACAUGGAAACCUAUUGGACUACUUGAGAGAUUGUGAGAAGGCAGAAGUGAAUGCGGUGGCGCUGCUCUACAUGGCCACACAAAUCUCCUCUGCUAUGGAGUAUCUGGAGAAGAAGAACUUCAUACACAGGGACCUUGCUGCAAGAAAUUGCCUGGUGGGUGAAAAUCACGUUGUUAAAGUUGCAGAUUUUGGUCUGAGCCGGUUGAUGACCGGUGACACUUACACUGCCCACGCUGGAGCCAAGUUCCCCAUUAAAUGGACGGCACCAGAGAGCCUUGCAUACAACACCUUUUCCAUCAAGUCUGAUGUCUGGGCAUUUGGCGUGCUGCUGUGGGAAAUCGCCACCUACGGCAUGUCUCCAUACCCAGGUAUAGAUUUGUCUCAGGUGUACGAUCUCCUGGAGAAGGGCUAUCGCAUGGAGCAGCCAGAGGGAUGCCCACCCAAAGUUUAUGAACUCAUGAGAGCAUGCUGGCAGUGGAGCCCUUUAGAUCGGCCUUCAUUUGCAGAGAUACACCAAGCCUUUGAGACAAUGUUCCAUGACUCCAGCAUUUCAGAAGAGGUUGCAGAGGAGCUGUGUAAGACGGCCUUGUCCAGUCAGGGCGGACCUACGCACUCUCUGAGUCACGACAUGCCCCUGUUGCCUUCCAAAUCCCGCACAAUCCACAAGCACACAGAGAACAAGGAAAAUAUUGAGGGUGGACUGGACGGGCACUCUGACCACAGCCACUCAGGUUGGGCUUCCACUUUGUUCGGAGGGGACGGCCGUUCCGGCAGCUCCCCAGCUCUCCCCAGAAAGCAGCAACCACGAGAUAAAUCUCCCAGCAGCCUUUUAGUGGAUGCACAGGAUAUUGGCACGUUCACUCGAGACCGCAAGACUGGCUUCUUUAGCUCCUUCAUUAAAAAGAAGUCUUCCUCCUCUUCGCCGUCCUCCCAGGUGCAGCAGAACCUUCCCACGCCACCCAAGAGGAGCAGUUCCUUCCGGGAGAUGGAGACGCAGCCUCACAAGAAAUAUGAACCCACGGCAGACUUCAGCGCACCUCCUCCCUUGCCACAAUCCGACAGUUUAGGGGGCUUUUCUGCCUCUCCCUCUCUCUCCCAUGGGGAAGCCACCCAGUCCCAGUCUCGCUGCUGUGGUGCUGCUUUUGGACAGAAACCUUCUGUCGGAGGCCUGGGUUCCCAGCUGACGAGCGGCAGCAGCUGGAGUGGACUGGCUGGCUUCUUCACCCCCAGACUCAUCAAAAAGACCCUGGGAAUUCGUACUGGAAAAACUGCCUCUUCAGAUGAGGGUGGUAUAGUUGGAGGACCAAAACCUUUCCCUAGGUCCAAUUCUACCUCCUCGAUGUCAUCUGGGCUACCGGACCUAGAGCGCAUGGCUCUGACUUUACCAAGGAACCGCAGUGCUAAGCCGCCUCUGGAAAGAACAGCCUCCACAACCUCUCAGCCGGAGAACGGCGCUGCACGUUCCUCAGAAAGUCUAUUGAGGAGAAUGGAUGAGGGAACUGCGCAGAUCAGGGAAAGGCCAAAGGCCAAGCUACUACCCCGGGGUACUGCUGUAGGGGUAAGGGCACCGGGGGUCGGCGGGGAAGUAGGGGAAUCAGAAAAUCUGUCUAAGAUCAGGGAUGGCAGAGAGGAGGGUGGAGGGUUGGACAGGCAGCAGAGCUGGUCUUCUCCUUCUAAGGGCUCCAGUUCGACUCAUAACCACAAAGUCCCGGUCCUCAUCUCCCCCACACUGAAGCAUAGCCCAGCUGAUGUGCACUUAGUCGGGCUAGACUCUCAGGGGAAUCGCUUUAAACUGCUGUCUGAGCACCAAGGUGAGCGAGACAGGCCACGGCUGGUCAAACCCCGGUGUGCUCCCCCUCCUCCUCCGACUCUGCGUAGUCUGCAGCAGUCCUACAGUUGUGACAGCGAGGACCCGGUCAGUGGAGUCCCUCUGGAAGUUAACGGAGAUGUAGUGAAAGGUCAAAGGUCAGGACAAAUGUCAGGAAGAACAACGACAGGUAGACCAUCAGUGCCACCACCACAAGUGCCUCCUGCCUCCUCCUUUUCCUCUUCCUGCCCUGCGAGCGCCAACACGACUCCCACCAAAAUGGCCAACGGAGCCCCCACCACCACUGCUUCCUCCUCACACACGGCACCGUCUACUGGUUCCAAAGUGGGAAUGCGGCGAACCAGGCAGCAGGUGGAGAGGGUGCCCCUGGAGAGGGUUAGUCGCGAAGCCCUGCUGGAGUGCGCAGAGAGCCUGAGCAGCGCGCUCAGCGCCAGCUCCGACAGCCCCUCGAGUAGCCAGGUUCUGGACGCUGGCCACCAGCUGCUGGACUGCUGCUCAGGUUAUGUGGACUGCAUCCCCCAAAUGAGGAACAAAUUUGCCUUUCGAGAGGCGGUGGGCAAGCUGGAGCUGAGCUUGCAGGAACUGAGGGCCUCUUCUUCAGGAGGUGGGGGCCUGAGCAGUGUGGGAUCCAACACUGUGCUGGACAACCUGCACAACUGUAUCAAAGAGAUUAGUGAUGUAGUACAGAGGUAGCCACUGUGAUCACACAAACCACCUUUGCUACCAGGCAAAUCACUUACAGCAUAUUCCUAUUUGUUUUUUAUGUUUCUGGUUCUGUCCACAGCUCUUUGGGGCACAGAUUGGGAUAAAUCUCUACAGUACCUCACAGAAUUCACUAGAAAAUAUAUGUUUUUAUUGUUUACAGAAACUUGUUUCCUAAAAUGCCAGUGUGGUCACUAAGAUGUUGCUCUUAGCUGUACAUAUUUUGAGACAUUUUUCACUAAACUAAACGUCAAGUCACACUUUGCAAUGUUUUGCUACAAGUUUUUCUUUGGCCACAAAAGCCUCUGUUACCUGAAUGUCGGGUUUAUCAGCUGUUAGUGUUGUCAGCCAAGAAAAGAACUGCUUAUUUGUUGCAUACUGAGUAAAGACAGGGAUGGUUGGCAGCAGUCUUAAACUCAUUGUUUCACAAGUAUGUGGACCAUCAGCUAGACAAGAAAUGUGUGACCAUAAGCCAUUUUUAAAGCCAUUGGGAAUGUAGGGAUGAGGAACCAACAUUGGGAUUCAGCAGCAUUCAAUGCUUGGAGUGUCAAAAUACAUUUUUUGUAUCAGUUUCAGCUUUAUUUACAUUUUGAUCAGUAUCUAGGGUCUCUGGAAAUCUCCCAACUAUUAAAGCCUUUAUUUUAAUAUUUUUUGGGAGGCUAUUCUGACUGAAACAUUCUGGCAUGUCCUUAUAAAGAUUCAGAAAGACUAAAGGGAUCACUUUAAACCCAUGUCUAAUCAGAUCAAAAAUAAAUGCACAAAUAAAUAAGGGAUGUCCUGAUCAGGAUUUUAUUUUUUUUUUGUCAAACAUACAGAGUUGAUUUAUGGUUACAUACAUAUAUAAUCCCAGUAUGACACUCCUGUUAAAAUCAGUGGUGUCUGUAUGCAGUACAAGGACACUACAUUUUGUCAGUAGUAAAUGAUUGACCCACUAAUGACAGUCAGAAUGCUGCUGUCAAUCCAGCACAGAGUGAACUCUGUUAAGAAAGCUACUAAAAGGUUCUGACAAGACAUCACUUGAAACACUCAUAGCAUUAGCAUUUGUUUAUAAAGACAUAUCUGGCUCGAUACAUACAGCUACAGUCUUAAAAAAAACAUGCUAUUUUCAUACGAGCAGUUUGCAGAAAUGGUAACCUAAUGAUGGCAUGUUUCCUCUGUUUUGAUAUGACUCGUUGAUUAAUAGGUUGGUAACAAAUUCCAGUUCGGUUCAGGUCAACUAGCUUUGGACAAAGCUUACAGAAGAAGUAAUUUCUCUGUAUUUAUAGCUUUGCUUUGAACGUCAUAAAUGUUACUGGCUAGUUUCAGCUGCUCUCUCUUCUAUAAGGAAGUUCAUUUUCAGUAUCGCUGCAGCCAGAGCAGGUCACAUGAUGUAGACGGAACAAAAGCCGAAGCUACUAAUAUUCUUUCUUUUACUUUCAGUCUCGUCUUAAAAAGGUGAAACAUUUGGAUCGUUAGGUUGUUAGAUCAGAAACAAUGUCCACAGCCUAUAUUAGCUUUGCAAACUGCAUAUGAAAAUAGACCUAGCUCACUAUUCUCUACAGGUGCUUACAGUUAAGUUUCAUCAGGGACUCCUGAUACAGAUCAUUUAAAAGCCUUGAAGCGGGAAAUCUCAGCCAAUAUCUGAGAUUGGAUCGGGACAUCCCUAUCCUCUAUUUCAUUAUCUAAACAUUAUGACUGAAUGUAGCUCAGGUUCAGUUAGUGAACAAUGCUGUACAUCCCUAAAACAUUUCAAUAAAAUUAGGAAUUUUCCUCUAUAUUCAGAGCAUAUAACAGUUGGGAGAUUAGUGGGAAAGCACAGGAUGGCAGCGGGGUCCACUUGGACGUGUUUUAUUUAAGUGUCCUUCACAGGAUGGACAGUGAUGGAUUCCCUGUAGCCUUGUAGGGCCCCAGUGCCUCAGAUUACUUAAUGUAAGAACACAGUGAGUGCAGAGACAUAGUUUACACCAGUGACAGGGCUGAUCUCUCACCAGACUAAGCUGCAGUACGUCUUCAGCACAUGAGCAACACGUGGAUUUAUUUGACUUGGAAUGAGAAAUGCUUUUUAGAAUGUAUGAAUUUUAAUUAAAUUAUUUUUGUUUAAAGCACAGGCAUAUUUUGAGAGGAAAAUUAUGGAGAUUUUUCAUUUAUUAUCCACAGAUUAAAAAAAAAUGUAUGUGUGUUGAUGGCUUAAAGAGAAAUGUGAGAGAUCUAAAAAACCUCUUUGAAUGUACUAACACUCUUUCCUGAACCUGGUCAAAUGUUUAACUUUUUCUCUUUAUAUUCCUACAGUGCCAUGUUUCUUUUACACUUGCCGGUCAGUACUCUAAUCACGACCAGUCCGAAGACGGCUGCUCUGUUUAAUGAACACACAAAGCUGUGUACAGGGCCCACACUUCUAACAGUUCUCCAGUUUGGUUUUGUUGCUUCCACUUUCACUUGAUGUACACUGGAAAAGCCCUCACCAGUUCAAUAACAAACGGCAUACAUGUACAACAAAAUCCAUAAGCACCGAACUCCAUAACUCCUAAAUACCUUUCAAUGAACCAUAGGUGUAUGUGUUUCAUUAUAAACUACACGUAUUUUGGGGGGGAAGAAAUGCUUUAUGAAACUGUCAAAUUUAAUUUCUAUUCACUGAGUUUUUCAUCAUUUUUGGUGCCUUUUUGUAAAAAAAAAAAAAAAAAAUGUAAAGGACACAAUGAUUGCAGCAAAUAUGUGAAUGAGCCCUUUUCCAUUAUUAAUCAAUAAUUUAGAUCAUCACUACAUUUAAGUUUGACAGUAAUGGUCAGAUGCAAAUUGGGAACCAAAAAGGUGCUCUUUUUGUUAUGAACACGUUUAAUGGAACUGCAUAAACAAAUGACACACUCAAGCAUGAUGCACUAAACCCAAACUGCUGUUUUUGUCUCAAUUUGAAUAUCCAAAUUUAAAUAUAUAAAGUUACUUGCGCCAUUCUGGCUUCCUGACUUGAUUUGCUUCUGUUCCUAAAAGGGCAUCACCAUAGAGCAGAUUUCCUAAAAAGCCUUAUUAACAGUCUAUUCAUGAUGUUUUCCACCUUCUUCCUACGUGUUUAGCUCCCUGCUUUAUAUUUGUCUUAUCCGACCACUACACUUCUGCUAAUUGUCAUUAUCUGUUUUUAUCUCUUGAUCCUUUUACUGUCUGUAUUUUAUUUUCUCCUACCUUCCCUGAUUUCGGGCUUUGGUUCUGAAGGGCGUGCGUUCACAUCAUUAUACCAAAGGCCACGCGUUUUCAGUUGGAUGAGUGCAAUGUAAAAUGAACACAAAAACACCAGAGUAGAAUAUGUGAAUCUAAACAGGGGUAAAAUGUCAGAUGUUAUAACUUUUUUUAUUGUACAAAAAUAUGUUUUGUUUUUGGGGGUUUUGUUUUUUAUUUAAUGCUCACAUAUUACUGUGAAGUUCUGCUUAUCAGUGUUAAGCCUAUUGUAAAUAAUAAAGAUAUUGAUGAA